CAGCUGAUCGGCUCCAGUUACGUCACGCGUGAGUACGUGACAUUAACCGCCGCAGCUGUCAUGGCGUCGUCGCUAGUGUCGGUAUAGCCUCGACGAGAGAUUUCCACGCUGUUUACUCGGAUUUCUCGACGUGACGCGAUGUUGGUGGCGAUGUUACCUCAUCACCGUUGAAAAUCGCAUCUCUGACCGAACGGAUCCAGGAACGCAAAGGCAAAAUGUCGCGCAGAAACAGAAAACGAAAAACGGAGGAGGAAGAGCAAAAAGUAAACGAUGGGGAGCAGGACAAUUUUUUCUCCGACGAGAUGAAGGAAGAGAUGAAAAUGAUGUGGGAGAUACCACAAAUUUUCCACUUUCUCCAUCUAACAAGAGAAUCUCUCAAUAUACCUCAGUUCUCCAUAUACGAAAUGGAGAGGAUGCUGUUGAUACCGAGAGCCUCGAAGCAACUAGCAAACAUCAUGACGUGUUUGCUAAGUUCCCCAAUUACCAAAGCAAAGCUGCGCAAAGUGCCACCGAUGCCGUAUGAAUUUUGGACUAACAUUCUCGCGCAUAAGAUGGCGAGCUGGUUCAAAGUUUAUCACGCAAAGCACAAAGAUGCAACCAAAGUUCUAGAAACCAUCGGCGUUGAACCAGAAUUCUGGGAUGUCUUCUCCGAUGCCUCAUUACUCGAUGGGAGAUGCUUUGAAGAUCUAAGUUUUAAGCAGAGAGUUUGGCUGCUGAAAACCGUCUGUGAUACAAUCAUGCAUACUAGAAAAACAGUUCAGGAAGAUAUAGCGAAACAACCAUGGGAGGAUCAGUUUGAAACACUUUUAGGAGUCGAUCGUUAUGGGACGAGAUACAUUUAUUUUCCGCAAUUUAUUCCAAACGAUCUUAGAAUUUACAGGCAUUGUUUGAACAAUAAAAUUUUAUCGACUGUCAAGCCUGUCAAAACACGAGAUAAAAUGGAAACGGGCAAGUUAAUCGGCGCGAAAUUGAGUAGAUAUAAACAAAAAAAAUUGCAGUCUCACAAUAACUUAUCGUGUCGCAGAUCAACCAGGCACAAUAGUAUCAACAAUAACGAUUUGAAUAAUUAUAAGUGCAGCAACGAUAGCACGGAUUCCUUUAUCAGCGAGGAUACUAAUUUGAGUAAUACGAGCACGUGCACUAAUAAUAACAACAUAAGUUUGAAUGCCAUAAAUAGAAAGCGUUGCAGGAGUUUGUCGAAAAUGUCCGAGGAAAGUACGCUAUCAAAUGCAAGAUCCAGUGGCUACGAUACCAAUACUUUUAGUGAUAAGUCUGUCGAGAACGAGUCGUCGUCGAUGUUCAAAGGUUUUGUCAACAAUCAGAAUGAUAAUUGCAGUAUAGGGAUAAUUAAUGAAAUGUUAGAUGACCUCAAGUCGGAAAUCAACGAGGAAAGGAAAACUAACGAGCUUGGGAGCAAUAGUAGCGAAUUAUCAUCGCAAGAAAAUCUCGUAAAAGCACAUAAAAAUACAAUAGGUUCUUGUGAAAUUUUAGUUGUUGAAAAAGAUGAGAAUGAGAGGUCGAGUGAUAAUUUAUCCAACAGCUCAAAAACGGACGAUGAGAAACUGAACGACAUAAUUAGUGCCGAGAAUUCUAAGUUACCUGAAAAUGUAUAUGCCAAAAGUAUUUCUGCCAGUGAUAAUGUAAGUGAUAUUUCAAUAUUGACGUCCAAGUCGGAUGACGAGAAGCUGAGUGAAACAAAAACCAGUGGUAAUAAUGUUAGCAUGACUUUUAAUGAUUCAUUCUGUGUAUCUCCUUCUGUCGAUAGUGUAUCAUUAAGUGAAGAAAUGACUAGAUGUGAUUUUCAUUUAAACAAAGUAAAAGUUUCAUUAAUAACAGAAACAUUGGACGAUUCGAUUGAAAGAAGAAAUUUAAGAAAGAGUAUACGGCUACGAUCUCGAUAUAAAGCGAGACAGCACAACGAAGAAAGCAAAAUUGAAGCAGUAAAAGAUGAGGUAAAGAAAGAGGGGAAAUUGGAGGCGGACGAUAAAAUGGAUGAGGCAGAUGAAAAAAAUUUGUCUGCGAGCGAACUAGACUCACAAGAAGAUGUAGAAUACGUUCUGGAUGAUUACACAAACAAUUCCAAUACUGGUUAUAAUUUGAGAAGAUCCAAGGAUCCAAAAACAGAUGAGUGUAAGAAACAUUUUGACAAGAUGUUAUCUGAUCUAGGUGUUUCUGAUUUUCGACUAGUAGUCGACACUGUGGAAGGAUUAAGGGAUCUCAUUAGCAGUUUUUCAGCCAAUGAUUCAGAAAACAAUAAAGCAAUAGAAGUUACUCCUCUGUGUGAAGUGACAUUGGUAAUGAAGUUAAACGAAUUAUUACAUUUCCUGGAACCAAUGGAGGCAGCUUUGAAGGACACAAUGCGAAAAGCGAGGGCAAAGCUUCAAAGGGAAUGGUCUAAUUUUAAAGAAGGCAAUGUGGAGGAUCAGGACUCAUCCAGUGAGGGUGGUCUCAGCUCUAAUUGGUGGGUUCUUGGAUCGCAGGGCAAGGAUCCACUGUCAGUUCCCGGAGACGCAACGUUACAAACGUUACCGCAACUUGCCCUAUCCUCACUUGGCACCCAAAACGGCCAGCAACAGCGACGAUCAACCGAAGGCGAAAACACGGUCGAGAAUUCCGAGCAAAGUCGCCGCAAGAGUCGGGAAGCGAGUGGCGAUGAACGGCGGAAAGGAAACGGCGAAAAAUCAUCGGACGUCGAGGCGUCACCGACAAGAGGAAACCAAGUUGAGGAGGGAGGAGAAAAGCGGGAACACAACAAAAAACACGGAGAAAAUGAAAGUCCGUCGAAUGACGAAAAUGCGGAGCAACAGACGCGACGAGUACUACGAACACGCGGAGUUUCCUCGUAUACAGAACAAUUAUAUUCAGACAACGAGAGCGACGAGGACGAGCUGGAGGAAUGGACCGACGUUGAGGCAGUCUAUGCGGCUCCCGGCGCACAGGACGAUACAUCCGCUUCUCACUCUAGUUCGAAAGCCCGAUACUCUGACGAUCACUCGGAAGAGGAGGACUCAGACCAAGAUUGGAUUCUACCGGGCUCUCGCAAAAGGAAAAAUAAACGUCCGUCUGCCAAUCGAAGAUUAAAAUCGUUUCAACAUAAGGUGCAGAGCAUCACGGAGAAUACGUUUCAGAACAAUGUGGCGUCUGGUAUGCCUCAUUUUGCUAAUGCGAAAACUGGCAAGGAUAAACUUAAGAAUAAACUCACAAAUAACAGGGAGAUUAGAGAGAAAACGGGUAACUCGCGAGAUAGACACAAUGGUGGAUCUAAUAUCAUCGUGUCCGCAACGAACGAAGUGUAUCCUAAGCGAGCAAUGUCGUCCACGAACGCGGUUUGCAAACUCGAAUCUGUUGAGAGUGUGCAUUCAGAACUGGAUAUUAAAGACGAGGGUCCGAUCUAUGAGUCCGGCGCGAAUCAUUAUGGACAAAGCAAUUAUGGACCCGCGAAUCCACAGCAGAACUAUUAUUAUGUGAUGCAGCAGAAUCCUGGAAUCGCCACGGGAGGAAGUGUCAUGUCCCCGCUAGGAACUUCGAUGAUGCAACAGAAUGUGAUUGUCCAGGGAGUCGAGUCGCCACAGGUUCAAAGCUACUAUGUGCAACCAGGCGCGCAACCGAAUUACGUGAUGCAGAAUUCACAGACAAAUUUUCUACCCGCCGUUCAACAACAACCCGUCUUUCAACAGCAAGGUUCACAGAUGGUAGUGACUCAACCAUAUGUUAACAACGUGAGUUAUGUACCUUAUAUAGUAGCCACGAGUACGCAACCUCAGGAGUACAUGGUCGGACCAACGACGAAUCAGCAAAAUCCACCAAAACCGCAGAAUAGAAGCAAUCAGAACAAUAGAUAUAUGACGACGUCGCGACAGAGCUCGCAGCAUCCUAAUAGUACAAUGAGAGGCAAUAACACGCCUGUCAAAGACACUUGUCAAAGAGCCAAUAGUUCGAAACCCACCGUUCCUCAACGCGCAUCCAAGACAGUGCCGCGGCGGAGAGCACCGCAGACAUCCAACACGGAGAAUAGCGGCCAGAAGACCACGUCUCUGAUCGUGCUCAGCGAUAGCGACGAUGAAAUAGAGAUGAUCAUCACCGAGAAAACUAAUACCACGGAGAAGGAGACUAGAUCGGUGCAAGCUCAGAGAAAUGUUAAUGAGCCUAGACAGAAGCCGGUAAUCACUUCGGACAUCACUGUCGCCUCGGGGAAGGGCGUCAUCUCGCCGCAGAUCAUUCAGCGAAUGAGUCAGGGUGGCAUAUCCAUUACACCAGUGAAGAAUACACCUCCGCCACCGACGACAAACACCAAUACGCAAUUGGUAGUAGUCGUGAACGAGACCGGAAGCCACUACGCCCUGGCACUACCCAAUGGCAGCAAAUUAAUACUUACUCCGGAGCAGGUAGCGCAAAUCAGAGCCUCGAAUGGAGGAAAACUGAUCUUGUAAACCGUGUAAUAAUAUAUAGCAAAUACUGAUCAUCCUGGACUACAUAUGUAUCGUACAUGUCUCCGUUUUGCUUUCCGAUUCGUCGUGAUUGAAGAUAACAUAAGAUAUGAUACACGUGUGAAUCGAUAACUUUGUUUUUCAAGUCGUUUCCCAAAUUGCGAUUACGAACUGCCAGAGAGUGUUACAAAUUGAAGAUUCUUUGAAUAUAUUUAUGCUGAUUAUGAAGUAAAUUUCUACAGGCGAGAUAUUCUUCGUUACGUGAUGUAUAAUUUUAUUAUUGUUUUUUAGUUUUUAUUAGUUCUCUCUCGCGCUGUAUGUACAAUAUAUAUAUAUGCGUCGGGAAAAUUCGUAUCCAACUUUAAAUACUAUCUUACGAUGAAUAGUUACGAAAAGAUGAAUAUUACAUCUUUAGACAUUAACUCUCGAAGUUUUACAAAAAGUGUAGCGAAUAAAAUAUUAAUUAAUGUGCGCAUAUUUCGCAUAUUAUAGCACGUUAAAUAAUGAUUGAUUUUUACAUAUAGAGAGUAAACUAUUAUUCAGAAAAUAACAAAUUGCUAUUACAUGUAUCGAAUUUGAAAAAUUAUCAUCGCCCUUGUUUCCUUAUACAUACACACACACGCACACACAUUUAAUAUCAUAUUAAAUAAUUAAUAUUUUUCAACUAAAGCGAUAUUAAUUAGAUUUUAAUCAAGAUAUCUCUGCGCGCACGGGCCUUUGUUCAACUUUUAUAUAUAC